AUGAGGUACAGGCCUGGCCUGUGGGCUUCUUCAGUUCGGCAUCAAUCCCGACAACGUUAUCUCCAUCUCUGCACUCAUCAGGUGUUCCGUAUGCUCUCAUUAUUAACCAUACACUGUUGCGAAAUUCACCUUGUGGAGGGGGUGGAUGCUUUUGUGAAAGUGAAUGAAAUCAGAGCUUUCAUCAGUAGCAUGCCCAAUAUAAAUGAAAUGCCACCACCUCGAGUUAAAAGUACAACUCCACCCGAUCGAUCAAACCGUGGUGGACGAGGAGUAGCGGAUUGGAAUUUGGAGCGAUUGGUGAUAUUGGACUUGAUGUUGUUGCGUUAG